UCAGUCUAGCCGUGUGCCGUGUGGAGUGCAGUUGCAUUGUACCUUGUUCGAGAUCCAUUUUUCCGGAUUCCAUAUUUUUAGACCGAAGAUGUUUGUAAUUCUAUUAGCGUUUCUAGCUCUCGGUAUGCUAUGUCGCACUGCUCCAGUAGACAUCACUUCGAACAAAACUACAAUUGGUGACAUUGGGGCGUUUUUCGAACAUGCGUUCAGUGACCUAACAGGAGCAGUAAUAGAUCAAAAAGCCCAGAAUUCCACGCAGCACCUUCAAUCGUCGGACGGUAACAUUCAAGCCCACGUUGAACCAUUGAAUUUUGCUUCACUGCAGUCGAUAAUCUUCAAUCCUAAUCACCAUCAAUUGAUUAUAAAGAACAAGACUGUUCUCUAUAACAAUGGUAGUACUGAAGUAGAACAAAUUAAGGUCAGCUUAAGCACAGCAGCAACUAGUGGUUUAGAAACAAGCACUGUUGCAAUAGUAGAUACAACAAAAAAUAGUGCAUCUGAAAUAACUACUUCCAAUAGCAUUGGGUCAACAGAUUCUACUGCUAAUAGUAGAACUGACAAUAGUUUUAAAAGUAGUACUACACCCAGUGUAGUUUUAACUUCCGUGAGUAGCCUUGCGACAAAUCCAAUCAUUUCAACGACUACUAGUACAAGCAUCGCAUCUAUAACGGUAGAUAACGCUUCAGAAAUAAAAGAAAAAAUCAAAGAAAUAGAAGCCGAUCCCGUCAUUCUGUCUGUCAUUGUUUAGUUGAUAUUAAAAUAUACAGAUCAAAUAAAUAAAGCUUUUAUUAGAACAAAAUAUACGAAGAAAUGAUAUAAAAGUCUAAAA